AUGUCAUUUGAAGAUAGGACUAAAACUUUUGAAAAUUGGUUGAAGACAAACCAAUUUAAAACUUCACCAAAGAUUAAAAUAUCAGAUCUUCGUGAAAAAAACCAAGGCAGAUGUAUAAUCGCAUUGGAAGACAUCGAAGAGAACGAAGAACUCUUCUCAAUACCACACAGUAAAAUAUUAAACCUUAAAAAUGGUGACUUAUACCAGAGUAGGUUAACUUCAGAUUUGAAACUGAAGUUGGAAGAAUUGAAUGACUGGGAGUCAUUAAUCUUAACAAUCAUGUGGGAAUGGAAAGUGCUAAAGACCAAGAGCGCUUGGUUGGAUUAUUUCAAUGUAUUGCCCUUAAAUGAUCCAUCUUAUAGUUUCAAUCACCUUAUGGUAUGGACAGAUGUAGAGUUAAAAUCUUUAAACCCUUCAUCAAUUCUAGGAAGAAUUGGUAAAGAGGAAGCAAAAGAAAUGUACGAAAGACUUUUUACUGAAACAGUAGAAGACCUAGGAAUCAAAAAUGAAAUGGGAGAUAUCGCUUAUGAUGACUAUCUUAAAGUAGCGUCGGUUAUAAUGAGCUAUUCAUUUGAUGUAGAGGAUGAAAAUAAUUUAAACGGUGAUGAAGAGGAUGAAGAAGAUGAAGAAGAUGAGGUUGAGGAUAAGCUCAUCAAAAGUAUGGUCCCAUUGGCCGAUACUUUAAAUGCAGAUUCGAAUCUUUGCAACGCAAACUUGACGUAUUCUAAGUCAUAUUUGACGAUGAUAGCUACCAGUAAAAUUGCGAAAGGUGAACAGAUCUAUAAUACUUAUCUGGAUCACCCUAAUGCGGAAAUUCUUCGUAGAUAUGGAUACGUUGAACUCAACGGCUCUAAAAAUGAUUUUGGAGAAGUUACUUUGGCAAACAUAAAAGAAUCAUUCUCUGAGCAAAUUCCAACCAUUGACGAAUUCAUCGAAUACAUACAUGAUGAAAUUGAUUUGGAUGAAAUUGAAGAGGGCAUUGAAUUACUCUCUGAGGCCUAUGAAUGUUAUAGCUCGGGUGAAGUUAUACCCGAAUUUAUCUUACUUGUCCAAUUCUUAGUUACUAUUCUGAGUGUUAACCUGGUUGAGCCUGUUUCUUUUGGUGAUCCAUCUUCCAUUAAAAGAAUAUUAAAGAAGUGUUUGCAAUUGAUCGAAUCCGGAAAAUUGACCAAGGGAUUUAUUGCACAAUACAAAAAGAUCCUUGAACUUAGACUAGGUGAAUAUGACCUUGAAAGCACCUCAGAAAUAGGUGAUGGAUCACUGAGGCGAUCAAUGGCUAAGAUUGUACUAAAGUCUGAAAGUAGUUCCUUGACAAAUUGCUUGGAUGUAAAUAAAGUGUUUGAAUCUUUCAAAAUAAUCGACGACGACAAGUUACUUAGAAAUAUUGUGAAGAAAAGAGUUGGGGAAGAACAAUCGGGUAACAAAAAAAGGUUUAAAAAGUAA